AUGAUACCAUAUAGAAGAGGAGCUUCAAAAAUAAGGCUACCUAGGCUUAACACUGCCUGUCGUACAGCAAUUUCUAAUAGGCACCUAUCCAAUCAACCUCAAGUUCAUUCACAAGUCCAAUCAUCAUCAACUACUAUACCAAUAACCAAUACAAGUCAAAUUAAAAAUGGUAGAACUCAAUAUAGACCAAGAGAGCUAAACUCGAAAUUGAAAGAUAUAAGCCAACAAAUUAAAACAACCUUACAAUCAGAUAAUCUACAGGAGUCAAAGGAAAUUUUUGAAGAAGGUAUUUCAUUUUUAAGAGAAGUUCAAAAAGAUGAAAGAAUAAGUGAUCGUGAUUUAUAUUUUUCAUUUGUUCCAUUAGCUUCAGAAUUAUUAUACAAAUUGAAACAAGAUAAAGACAAUUAUAAUGUACAUAACUUACAAAAUUUAAUUGAUUUAUUUAUCAAAUAUCGUAUCGCCCAUCAAAGUCAUUUCACAGAGUUGGCGGUUCAAUUAUUGCAAAGUGAGGAAGAAGAAAAUAAAUUUCAAAAAUUAAUUCAAUUAUGGGUACAAUUCAUAGAAUUUGAUAAAUUACAUGGUAUUCCAUAUUUUCAACUUCCAAAUACUCCAGGUCAAUAUAAAUUCAAAGCAUUUCAUUUACCAAAUAUAGUAUUUUAUAAUUAUGUACUUUCUUGUUCAUCUUCAAAUAUAGCUUAUUCAGACAAUGAUGCAGUGAAAUUUACAAUCAAUGGUAAAAUACCACUUUAUAGAGAUGUGAUGCAUACUUUGAAGGAUUUAAAUUUAUAUCAGACUGACCAAUAUUCAAAAUUCACGUCCAUUCUUGAAAAUGACAGGAAAAACAAAAUUGAUCCAAACAGUAAAGAGAUGAUACAACGUAUUUUCAGAGCUGUAGAUAAAAAACAAUUGGAUAAUAUAUACUUGGAAGUAGCAGAAGUUUGUUCAAGUCGUGAUUUAAAAGUUGAAGAAAAAAUAUUAGUUCAAUUGAUGGAUAAAUAUUUAUAUUUUGAUGAAUAUGAUCAAGUCUUUGGAAUGUUUCAAAAUAUUAUAAGUAGUGGUUUACUGCCUUCUAUUGAUGCAUGGAAUUUAGUUUUGAGAGCUAUGAUUAACCCGAACAGGUUCAACAGUGCCUCUCCUAAACAGAGAGAAGAACUCAUGUCUAAAUUUGAAAGAACUUUGAAAACUAUUACAUCCAGUGGAUUGAGUUAUAAUUCAGGUACAUUGAGUUCCAUAAUCACAGCAUAUGCUACUGCUGAUAAAUUUGAUAUUGCGGAAGAUUAUGCAAAAAAAUAUAGUGCGUUGGGUAUAAAUAAUGUUGCAAAAGAUGGUAUAUUAAGAGGAUUAAUUUUCAACAACAAGAUCGAUGAGGCAGAGGCAAAGAUGAAAGAGUACAUUACUGACGGUAGUGAAUAUAAACCAAGUAGUGGUACAAUGAAUGAUUUCUUAUCUUACUAUUCAAAGAGAAAGAAUUACAAAGCAAUGUUUGGUAUAAAUGAAUUUAUGCAACAAAACAAUAUUGAAGAAAAUGUUGCAUCAAUAACUACAAUGAUUAAUGCUUACUUCAAAUAUCUCAUAGAAAUUGGUAAAACCCCAAAUUUAGUGGAUUUACUUAAUACAUUAAAAGGAGCAAAGCAUUUAAAUGAACAUUCUUAUGCUUCAGUGUUAAAUGGAUUGAUUCAAUCUACCAAUAUUGAAGCAGCAAGACAAUUAUACAAUGUUAUUAGAAAAAAAUAUCCUAGAUCAGCAUGGAUUCAAAGUAACAUGUUGGCUGGAGAAUUAUCAUUUGGUGAUAUUUCAAUUGGUGAAAAAAUUUUUGAUCAUUAUAUAAAAAAUAUUCGAAAUGAUGUUCAAAUUUGGAAUACCGUUAUAAAAAAUCUUUUAAAUCGUGAUGAAAAUUUAGCUUUUAAAUAUUAUUUAGAAUUGAAAAAUUCAACUCAAUCAAAACCAAAUCAUUAUACUUAUUACUUUUUAUUAAAUCAUUUUUUGAAUAAGAAAAACAAAGAUGCUAUACAAGGUAUUUUAAAAGAUUUAUCAUUAAAUCCGUUAAAUAAUUAUGGUAAUGAAUUACCAAGAUUAUUAAACAGAAUCAAUAGUAGGAUUGUGGAAGUUCCUUCAUCAAUUUUACAACAACUUAAAUAA